UCACUCUACUGUGGAUUUCCCAGAAGGCAUAUUACGCGCAUGCGCUUUCCCCACUUCCUCUCAACUUCCGCGUCAUCACUUUGCAGCCAGCUGUUUGAAGGAACUCCUGACUUUAGGACAUUACCCAUCAUGGACCAGUUGGUGCAGUUUGUAGAACCGGCACGCCAGUUUGCCAAGGACUCCUACCGCCUGGUGAAGAGAUGUACCAAGCCUGAUCGGAAAGAGUUUCAGAAGAUUGCCAUGGCAACAGCGAUCGGGUUUGCCAUCAUGGGGUUCAUCGGGUUCUUUGUGAAGCUCAUCCAUAUUCCCAUCAACAACAUCAUAGUUGGUUCAUAGUACUGACUGGCUGGACAAACAAGUUAGCGACGCGGAGCAGCUAAUAGAAGAAUACAGCAUAAAAUCUACACCAGUGAUUUCCAUUGUGAUUCCUUGUAAAACGUCCAUGUUAAGAUGCGCCCAUAGCAUCUUUUGUAUGUAAAGAUGUCUCCUUGCAUCUUUUGUAACCUUUUAAUUUACAGACAACUUUUGAACAUUUCGGGAGACUCUCUGUAACAAUUGCUGAAGCAUUGUUGUUUCACCAAUUAGAUAAGACGUAAAGAAGAUGUUGUCUGAUAGUAACUGAUACCUUUUUGAAGAACAGUAAGAUCAUAUAGCUUGUUAUGUAGCCUUCUCAAAUAAACAUAUUUUGAUUGAGAAAA